UACUGAGGGUAAAAAUGCGAAAGUUUUACACACAGAUUUAAUCUUUAUGUUGACAUGUAACUCAGUCAAUUUAAAAAAAAUGUUAUGUGAGAAGAGGAGCUACAUUCGAAAGCAUUAAAGCCUGUACUGGCUGCCAUUGCCAUUCAGAGUUUCACCAUGUCAAGUGGAGUUUUGGGUCGGUUAGGUGCACUGAUAUUGAACAUAAAGCAGCUGGGUCAUUUACCAUGCCUGUCAAACUUGUUACCCUCUCUUCCCUCACCCCAGGCCACCGUGCUCGCCUCCGAUGUGCCCAGCCUUUUCCGCGAGCCCUAUAUCCUGUCAGGCUACCGUCCUGUCAAUCAGGACUGGAUGAACUACUUCUCUAGCCUCUUCCAGCGCCACAAUGAGUUGCUCAAUGUGUGGACACACCUGCUGGUAAUCCCUGCCGUCCUACUGCACUUUUCAUUUUUUGCGUGGACAUGGGGGCUGACUCUCAACGUGGCCUCUCUGCCUCUUUUUUUGUACACGUUGUCCUCGCUUGCCUACCUCACCUGCAGCGUGGCCGCCCACCUGCUCCAGUCACACUCCGAGCUGACUCAUUACUCCCUCUUCUUUCUGGACUAUGUCGGAGUGGGGGUUUACCAAUACGGCUGUUCGUUAGGCCACUAUUUUUAUUGUUCCGAGCCCGAAUGGAGACGGAGCUCGUUGGGCAUCGUGUUCCUGCCGGGUGCCGCGGUGCUCGGCUGCCUGUCUUGCGCUAGCUGCUGCUUCGCCAAAUUCCGUUAUAGACGUCCAUACCCACUCUGCAGGAAGAUCUGUCAGAUCGUUCCCACCAGCCUGGCAUACAUAUUAGACAUCAGCCCCGUUGCUCACCGUCUAGCCAAAAGAUCUUGGGAUGAGCCAGCGUUAACAUUUCACGCCCUACAAGUUGGGUUUUUUUUGUUAGCGGCUCUGUUUUUUUCUUGCCCUAUUCCAGAGAGCUUCUUUCCAGGGAAAUGUGACAUUGUGGGUCAUGGUCAUCAGAUCUUCCACAUAUUCCUGGCCACGUGUACUGUUUGUCAGAUGGAGGCAAUGAUUAAAGACUUUAUGGUGCACCAGCGGUCUGUAGUUGAGGUGCAUGGAGAACACUUUAUCUUAAUGGCUGGAGGGACUUUCUUUCUGUUGGUGUUGUGCAAUGUUAUAACUGCAGCUCUCAUGAGGAGAGCCGUGCAGAGGCAGCUGAAGAGAAAAGUAUCGGACUGAAUAAAAUCCUAAAGGGUUGGACAUACAGUUUUGCAUAGUUUACAUUAUCAGUCAGAUGUAUUUUUCAUUAGGGAAAUCAUAAACCUUAUUCAUUCACCAGAGCCAGUUCUGAUCAUAUGAUUUAUUUCAGUGGUCAUUAUAGCAUGUUUAUUAUCAGAACUUUGAUAAUGAUUCUUUCUUUAGAUUUGCAAAUAAUUACAUUUUGAAAUCCCAGAUAUCAGAUCUCAUGCUUUGGGGAAACAUUUCACUUACUAAAUAUCAAAUACACUGUAAACAAUUUUCUGCUGCAUUAGUUUUUUUUUAAGUACAGUCAAAUUGGCUUUACAAGUCAGUUCCACUUACUAUUUUAAAUUUUGUCCAGUGGUGAGUUGCUGUAACUUAUAACAAUACGUUUAAAUUGCUUAAUUGAAUUGAUGUAAUGAAUUAAUGUAAAACAUUUAAAAAUUCCAAGUAUUAAGUUAACUAUCGCAUUUAAAAUUUUAAGCGAGCACUAAUGGUAAGUGAGCUUUUCCACAAAUGCCUUCACACAGUUCAGGAUAAUUGACCACUUUGCCAACAUUCCUUUGAGAUUCAAUACUGUGAGGUUGCAUAACUGUGGCCUGUUUACUUGAAAACUGUUUGGAGUCCGGGACAGUAUGCCAGAAAGUUAAAAGUUAAGGAGGAAAGCUGGAUUUGAUCCAAACAUCAACAGUCUUUAGAGCGAUGGGGUGAUGUGGAGAACAAAGAAGUUACUUUUAUUUUGCACCCAGUAUGCUCUAAUUCUAAUGCCAGCAGAUUUGUUUUACAGGAAUUGGUGCUGUGGUUCAGGAAAAUGCUCUACUCUCUUCAAAAAUACCAACUACUGGUCUAAACAAAACUUUCAUACAUACUUUGUUGUCCGUUCUUCUAAAUAAAUGACGUUUUGAAAUGUAUGUACCUGCUUACUGUAUGAUGAAAUGUACAGUAUUUUAUUUUGCAAAUCAAAUAAUUUCUACCUCAGUGGAGUCAGGGAUGGAUUACUGACCGGGCCAAUGGGGCUAGUGCCCAGGGGCCCUUGUCUACCAUGAGCCCGAGGGAGCCCUGGGCUUCAAGGUUGUGCCAUCCAGUUUGGUAAAGAAAACCCAGUUUGGUAAAAGAAAAGUUUUUACCAAACUGUUUUUUACCAAAACUGUUUUUACCAAACUGCCAUCCAGUUUGGUAAAAGAAAAAAUUCAUUUAAAAAAUCAUUUUUAAAUUUAUUGAAAAUUAUUAAAUUACAGCACAUUUAAAUUGCAUUUUCUGAAUAUUUUGCUAGAUGAUUUGAUGUUUACAGACAUGUGUCACAGAGGAAUUUAUGGCGAGAAAUCAUUUUUUACUUGUGAUGCACGUGUAUAUUUGAAAUUUAAUUAAAGUCGUGUGUUUCAAAGCGUUAAUUUGGUCCAUUGUUGAUUUUUCGCUGUGUAGCUAAUAUUAGACUUCUAUAAACCCUGUACAGAUGAUUUUUAUCGUAGCGCAGGUAUCUGACGCAGAGCAAGAACGGUUUUGAUAUUAUUUGUCAUCUUAACUUUCACUUUCUAUAACUGUGAAUGCGCAGCUAAGGGAAAGAACUAAAAAUUUGUGGGAGGGGGGCCCUUGGAGGUAACUGGCCCCUGGGCCCUUUGAAGUCAUAAUCCGUCCCUGAAUGACGUAGAAAUAUCAGUUUAAUCCAAAAAAUGUGCCUCAUGUACCUUUACAUGUGUUACAAUA